AUGGAGCUCCAGAAAGUCCUGUUCCUCGUUUUAAUGUGCAUCUAUCGCUUGAUCAUGCAAAGAUAUUUUCUGUGGAGAUCGAUCGAUCUUGUGUAUCCGGAACAGCAACGGUCGGUUAACAUCCAAGCUAAUGGAUCGGUCUUUGUGGCAGUUUCACUUUAUAUAGAAGCAUCAUGUCAGCUCAAUGUCUCUAGAUUUCCAUUUGAUCACCAGGAAUGUUUCGUGACAUUUCUGCAACAUCCUUAUAAAUACAAAUUCGUCACAAGCACCGGCUCAAUUGGAGGAGGUGCCGAUCCAGCCUCAACGUAUCGUCAUCUAUUCCUAGAACAGCGUCAUUUCCUAUUUUGGGAAUUUACG